AGUACAACGCACGGCGGGUCUGUGUCGUCCCGUCCACAGCCAAUAUGCAGUCAUCUGUGGAGUCCUCUGGUUUCUUUGAGACUUUCAAUAAUGAUAUGGACGAUUUUGAUUUAGAAGACGAUGAUUUCCCAAUAGGAACAAUAUCUUUCAACGGACGACUCGUUAUUUCGGGCGAUCCUAAUGUUUUCCCAGUUCUCGGAACGGGAGGGAGAGGCAUUGUGUUUGUGCCUGAAGAUAAGAGUACUGAUUGUGAUGGAGAAGAUCAUAUUGAUGAUAGUAUUUGUAGAGGUUAUGGAAUGUCAGUUAAUACAGAUCCACAAAAUAUCAAGUUUGACAUCAUUUCAACCAGGAUAAAUGAAAAUCAACGGAAGCAGCAUGUGUUUUACACCCUCAUGGUCCUCAAAACUGAAGGUAUUGACACAGACAAAGCUCUGAUUGAUAGACGUUACUCAGACUUUGCAGCUCUAUAUAAAGCUCUCAAGAAAGACCAUUCCAAAUUACUUGAGGGUAUAAACUUUCCUGGAAAAGUUUUUGGUCAGAAAAGCAAUUUGAACCCAGAAGUUAUUGAGGCGAGACGCUGUGCUUUUGAGUCUUUUCUUCAAAAGAUACACACUCAUAAGGAAAUCUUCCAUCAUCCAGCUUUUAGAAAAUUUUUCUAUCUACCAGAACUGCAUGAGGCAACAGAACACUUGAAAGGUGGCAAACUGAAGCAUAGUUUAAAACUGUUGCUUAACAGUCUGCAUCUUCAAGUCAAGUUAUGCGAUCAAGUGAGGGAGAUCAUUGCUACUCUGGCUGCAAUUGUCGUUGUACAUGAUGCUCAAAGUAAAUUUGAAGAAGCUGAACGCUAUGCAACAGUUGCUCUAGAAUUAAUCAAAGAAGAUCAUUUCUGUUCUUAUCUCAUUCCACUGUUGGAUGCAACAAUCAGACUUAGAUGCAAACUACGAAAAGACAAGAGGACCCUAGAGAUGCAUUUGGCACGUGUUCAAAGGACAAGUGGGAUUGAUGUUGAUUGCGCAUUCACAUUGCGAGAGCUUGCUGUUACAAGGUUUAGUGUGUGAAAUGUAUCUAUUUCUAAGAGAGUGUCAAAUUGUAGUACAUGGGCAGGAAAAGUUUAGUUGUCAUGAAUUUUUGAAUAAGUCCUCGGGGUGCUUGUUUCCAGUUAACAUCAACAUUGAGGUCACCAGAAUUGAGGAAAAGGGUAAAAGUCAUCUUGAUUGAUAAAUUGACUCUCCUGGUCACUAACUUAGGAACUGUUUAAAGAACAGGGUGGAAAAUUUGCAAAAUAAUAUGGGGUGUAAUGGGUUAAAUGUGUAAUUCUAAUACAUACUAGACUAUGAAUGUGAUCACUUGUCUAUAACAAGAGGGUGUAGAAUUUACAUAAUAAUAUGGGGUGUAAUGGGUUAAAUGUGUAAUUCUAAUACAUACUAGACUAUGAAUGUGAUCACUUGUCUAUAACAAGAGGGUGUAG